AGUUCAAGCUGAGACAUAAUUAGUUUGAGGAAGAUGGCCGAGGGCAUUCGCGACACUGUGCUGGAUGUUAUUGGAAACACGCCUUUAGUUCGCAUCAACAAAAUCACCGCAUCCGAAGGCGUCAAAUGCGAAAUACUGGCCAAAUGCGAGUUUUUCAACGCUGGUGGGUCUUUAAAGGACAGAAUAGGUAAAAGGAUGUUCGAACAGGCCGAAAAGUGCGGGCGCAUCCGACCUGGAAAUACCAUUAUUGAACCGACGUCUGGCAACACUGGUAUUGGAUUGGCAUUGUGUGCGGCAAUCAAAGGCUAUCGGAUGAUCAUUACUAUGCCUGAAAAGAUGUCAAAAGAAAAGGUAGACCUAUUGAGGGCGCUGGGUGCAGAAGUGGUUCGAACGCCCACGGAGGCAGCGUGGGACGCUCCAGAGUCUCAUAUUAGUGUGGCCCAAAAGUUGAACAGAGAGAUACCCAAUUCUCAUAUCCUGGAUCAGUAUAGCAAUCCGGACAACCCGAACGUUCAUUACGAGACGACCGCAAAUGAGAUAUUCAAGCAAUGCAAUCAAAGGCUGGACGCGGUGGUUAUAGGUGCCGGAACAGGCGGGACCAUCACUGGCGUCUCCAAGAGAUUGAAGCAGCUUUGUCCAGACGUCCUGGUGAUUGGCGUGGACCCAGAGGGCUCCAUCUUGGCGCACCCGGAUUCGUUGAAUGGAGAAGUCAAAAGCUACAAAAUUGAGGGAAUCGGAUAUGACUUCAUUCCGAAAGUGCUCGACAGGAGCUAUGUAGACAAAUGGUACAAAACAAAUGAUAAGGACUCGUUUAUCAUGGCACGUCGACUCAUAAAGGAGGAGGGUCUGCUGUGCGGUGGGAGCAGUGGUGCUGUUAUGCAUGUCGCCAUUGAGGUUGCAAAGAAACUUUCGGAAGAUGCUAGGGUUGUUGCGAUUUUACCGGAUUCAGUUAGAAAUUAUAUGUCUAAAUUUAUUUCAAAUGAGUGGAUGGCAGCAAAUGGGUUCUGCGAACUCAAGCCAAGCCCUUCGCUUGCUUCUCUUCCCUGGGACCAGAAGAUCUCUGAUGUUUAUCCGUCUCUUAGGCCCGUGUCCAUUUGUCCGUCUACGACUGUUGACCAAAUUCUGCCAAUGUUGGCGCGCGACAAGGCGGACCCCGUACUGAUUGUUGAUGCAGAUGAAAAAUUUUUGGGCCUCCUCACCUCGGAGAACGUCACCCAUGCUAUGCUUUGGCAACAGGUAAAAUUGGACGACCCAGCCAUCAAAUGCGCUCUGAAGACCGUUCUGAGCGUUUCUUUUGAUGAACCUGUACAAGAACUAGCAAAUAAACUGGGACAGGAACAUUUUGUGUUGGUGACUGACGGAGGAAAAGUCAAAGGAACUCUGACGGCGGCCGACCUUCUGAAAUGGAUCAACAAACAAAUACAGUAAACAGUUUUCUGAAAAAGUGCAAUUUUCACCCAAAUAUUUAAGUCAACUCCUGACCAACUCUUCUACUCACGUCAGGACCCUCUUGAUCAUAAAUAAACCGAUAGUUUAAAAUAAACUGUCAAAGUCAGAAGGCAUUUUUUCAAA